AUGCCACGAGUGUGGAAAUCUCAGUAUAACAAGAAAACAUGCGGGAUCUUACUAACUCGUGUCGAAUUUGCAGAAUGCGCAGUAAAAUCUUUAGUUCGUCAUAUAGAGGAUCAUGUGGAGGAUUUUAAUUCACAAGAAUAUUAUAACACAUUUGCUAAAUUUACCAACGUUAUGAAAAGGGUUCAAGAUUUUGUAGAAGAAAUUUCACAACUUUCACAACUCAAAAGAUUUAACAACCGUCAAUCAAUCAAGGAUAUGUUGCGUACAAUACUGGAAGAUUUUGACACAUAUUCCUCUAAAUUAAAGUUGCAAAUAUUUGUCAAUACCGAAAAGGACAUGGAAAUUCUUAAUGACGAUCUCGAACAAAUAAAGUUUUUAGUAAAAUCUGAUCUUGGAACCGAAAUAAACGAGAACCAAGAUUACAACGAAAAAUACGUGACAUCUCUUAGCACCGUGCAAGAACAAUAUAAAAUAAUAAAUUAUGAAAUUGAUAAAAGUAAAGUGGAUCUGACGUUUCAAGUCAAUAAAAUUCCUUUCAAAGAACUUAAAAUCCCAAAUGGAUUUGAAGCUAAACGCGGAAGUGUAAUGAAGAGACGUUACAAAGGAAUGGAUGUAGCGUGUAAAGAGGUGAAUAUAGAAAAGGACGAUGAGAUUCAAGCAAAAAAGUUUAAAGCGCGAGUAGCGAUCCUCGAAAAACUACAUAAAUGUAACAGUAUCAUCCAAUUUUACGGAAUGUCAAAUUUUGACGAUAAAGAUUACAUGAUUUAUGGAUGGGCCGAACGGCACAGUUUAAGAGAAGUUUAUGAAAAAAAGAAAUUCACUUUAUGUGAAAAAUCUAGCAUUGCAUUGGAUAUUUGUCGAGGAUUAGUUUUCCUGAAUGCCACCGGGAUAUAUCAUCACGAUAUACGAUGUGAGAAUAUUCUUAUGACUGCUAGAUGGGAACCAAAGAUUGCAAACUUUACAUUUGCAAAGGAAAUGGAGAAGGAGACAUCGGAAAAAAAUCAUCAGUGUUCUGUUAAUUGGAUGGCUCCCGAAAAGAUGACAGAAUAUCUACCUGAACAUAAAAAGUAUCCUUAUACUACAGCUUGUGAAAUAUUCAGCUUUGGGAUGUUACUUUGGGAGCUUAGAUAUGAAAGAAUACCGUAUAAAGGAAAAGAUACGCAGGAUUUGAUAGUUCAUGUGAGAUCUGGUAAACGAGAGGAACUGAUUUAUAAUUUAUCACCAUGCGGAGAUGACAAAAAAUACGCUCAAAUAAUUAUAAGAGGCAAAUAUUUGGUUCAUCACUUUAUUUGCCUCUUUCCUAAAAGUAGUAAAUGUGAAGAUAUUGCACCCGCAGGAACGACGCAUAAUUUAGAAAGUACAUCUACCAUCAAAGUAAUACCACCUAUUGAAGAUGGCACUAAAGCGCUCAAUAAAAAAAAUUACAAGCUUGCUUUUGACAUUUUUAAAGCGAACGCUGAAGCUGGUAAUACUGAAGCAAAAUAUUGGAUUGGUGAAUUUUAUUGGAAAGGAAAAUUUGUUGAAAAAGAUCGAUACGAAGCAUUAAAGUAUUACGAAAUGGCAGCCAAGGAAGGUUAUACAAAAGCAAAAUACCAAUAUGCAAUUUCAUUUCUCAAUUUAUACUUUGAUGAUGAACCACUUUUACAAAAAAAGAGCCGUUACAUUAUUGGUAAUUUAAGAACGGCAGCGUUAGAUAAUAAUGCAGAGGCUGGAUACUUAUUAGGAGAAAUACACCGUGAAGGAAAACUGCAUACUAAGGUGGAUAAAACACUUGCAAAAGAAUAUUAUGAAAUGGCGGCAAUGAAAGGUCAUAAGAAAGCGAGCGAAGUUUUAAAAAAAUUGGAGACCGAAAUGAACCAUGAAAUGGAGUAA